GAGCGGGCGGGGGAGGGGUGUUUUCAAACCCGACAGCCACAGCGGCCGGAGCGGGGGCUGAGCCGGAGCCCCUGGGCACCGCCGGUGGCGGCGGGCAGCACCCGCUCCCCUGUCGGAUCCCCGCGGCCGCGCCGCCACGGAGAGAGGCGGGGGGAAGCGGCGGGAGAAGGAGGAGGACGCGUCCCGCCGCUGGCUCUCGGGAGAAGAAUAAUUCGUUCAGCUGCUUGGUCUGCCAGUACAAGGCAACCGCUGCUGAGGUGGAGCACAGUGACUCGCACAGCACAGGUGACACUAGGCAACAAAGGAAGGACAAGAAAUGAGAGAAUGCCAGGCUCAGUUGCACAGUUCUUCAUGCUAGUUCUAGCCAGACGCUCCAGAUGAAAUAAGAUAUGGGAAAUAUAGAAGAACAGAGGUAGUUGAGAAGAUUGCCUUAUGCUAGAUCCCCUGCUUUUUAAAUGCAAACACAUUCUAGAGCUCAAGGAUAAAUGCAAUAUCUUUGGAAUUAACCCAUUUACUAUUAAUAUUCUCAUAGAAGUUCAGUCUUGUGCCCCAUUGAUUUGCUAUAAUAGCAGUCAGCUAACCUUCAAGAUGAACUGUGCAACAGGGCUACCAAAGAAAACCUUCCCUAAGCAUCAUGUAACGUUUUGCUGCAUGUGUUAUGGGGAAGACAUGCAGGAAUAAGAAGACACACCAUGAACCGACUGAUAGAAGAUACAGCUAGCUAAACAGCUAUAAAAUGCCCAAAUUUGGGUCUACAAAAGCAGUUCAAGUUGAAAAUUCUGACAGUGAUAGCACCAUGGUGGAAAAACCAACUGCAAGAAAGAGCAAGGACAAGAUUGCAUCCUACAGCAAAACUCCAAAAGUGGAUAGGAGUGAUGUGGGGAAGGAGAUGAAAGAAAAGUCUUCCAUGAAACGUAAACUUCCUUUUACUAUUAGUCCAUCCAGAAAUGAAGAUCGCAAUUCAGACACAGAGAAGGAAGGUCCGGAGAAAAAGAAAAUGAAGAAGGAUGCUGGAAAUAAGAAAUCAACACCAGUUAGUAUUCUUUUUGGUUAUCCUCUGUCAGAGCGCAAACAGAUGGCACUUCUCAUGCAGAUGACAGCAAGAGACAACAGUCCAGAUUCUGCCUUAAAUCAUCCCUUACAAACAACACCAACACAAAAGAAAACUCCAAGCUCCUCUUCAAGACAAAAAGACAAAGUUAACAAGAGAAAUGAACGAGGAGAGACUCCUCUACAUAUGGCAGCAAUUCGAGGGGAUGUUAAACAGGUUAAGGAGCUAAUCAGUUUAGGUGCAAAUGUGAACGUAAAAGAUUUUGCAGGUUGGACACCACUGCAUGAAGCUUGUAAUGUAGGUUACUAUGAUGUUGCUAAAGUCCUGAUAGCAGCAGGUGCUGAUGUGAACACACAGGGCUUGGACGAUGAUACGCCACUUCAUGAUUCUGCUAGUAGUGGGCAUAGAAACAUUGUGAAGCUCUUGCUUCGACAUGGUGGAAAUCCAUUUCAAGCUAAUAAGCAUGGGGAGAGACCUGUUGAUGUUGCUGAAACAGAAGAGUUGGAAAUGCUAUUGAAAAGGGAGGUGCCCAUCUCUGAUGAUGAGGACAGUUGCUCAGACUCUGAAGAAGCUCCAUCUGUAAAUCCUUCCAGUGUAGAGGGGAAUGUGGAUUCAGAAGCAGAAAAGGACUCUGUAGCCAAUGACAGCAAACAAAUGGUCCCUAGUAAGGCACCACUUCCAUCUGCUCUUGAUGAGUAUGAGUUUAAAGAUGACGAUGAAGAUGAAAUGAAAAAAAUGAUUGAUGAUAAACAUAUUCUUAGGAAAGACCUAAGGAAAGAGGAUGAGACUGAAGUUGAAAAGAACAGCGUAUUUGUGAAACAAGAAAAAGUUGUCUUUUCAAAAUCAUUUAAAAGCAAAAAGCAGAAACCAUCUCGAGUUCUGUAUUCAAGUUCUGAAAGUUCAGAUGAAGAAAUACUUCAGGACAAGAAGACAGUCUCUCCUUGCUCUAUUUCAGAGACAUCAAAUUCUGAUGUAAGAGUGAAGAAAGAAUAUAUAGUUACAAAUGAACACAAGCAAAAAGGCAAAGUUAAAAGGAAAGUAAAAAAUCAGAGCAAAAAUAAAGAGAAUCAAGAACUAAAGCAAGAAAAAGAAAAUACUAGAGUAACAAAUAUAGCUACUUCUGCGUUAGAUUCUUUAGAUAAAACUAGAGAGGAAGAAACCUUUAAGAAGUCUUUCACCCCAAAAGACGAUUCUUCUUUACAUCUGUUUCAUAUCACUGCUGGCAAAUCUCCGAAGCACCCCUGUGGAUUAAGUGAAAAGCAGUCAACACCAUUAAAGCAAGAAAACACCAAAACUUGCUUAUCACCAGGAGGUUCUGAAAUAACAUUGCAAUCUGAAUUAGUUCGCUAUGAUCACAACACUGAUUCUGAAUAUCUAGUAGAAAGUUCUAGUGGCAAAUCUUGCAAGCACAAAGAAAAAAGCAGGCAUCAUCAGAAAGAUUUUAACUUAGAAUUUGGUGAAAAAUCUAGCCCUAAAUUUAAAGAGGAAGAUAAUAGCUCAACAUUUGAGAAUUCAGAGUAUACUCUGAGAAAGACUGACAAGGAAGGUAAAACACUUAAAAAGCAUAAAUUAAGGCACAAAGAAAGAGAAAAGGACAAGCACAAAAAGGAACAGGAUGGGGAGAAGGAAAAACAUAAACAUAAAGAUAAUGUUAAAGAGGUUCAAAGAAGUAUUGAGUUUGACAGAGAAUUUUGGAAAGAGAACUUUUUCAGAAGUGAUGAAAAUGAAGAUAUGUUGUUAAAUAUAGAACAUGAAUCUCUUUCUUCAGACAGAAAAUCAAAGCUGGAAAAAGCUGUGGCGAAAGAAGAUAAGAUAGUUAAGGAGAGACAGUUCCAGAAAGAGAGAAAUGCUAAAGAGGAGAGAGAGAAAGAGAAGAACAAAAAGGAGAAUGAGAAGUUUCUCAAGGAUGAAAAAAUAAAAGAUACAAAAGAAGAAAAAGAAAUUAUGCUUGCAGAUAAAGAAAUGGAAUUGUUCUGCUUUGGUGUUAAAGACGAGGCAGCCAGCACGCAUUUAAUAGAAAAAGAAACAGAUACUGAAAAGCAGGAAAAGAAUUUAAAGGAAAAUAAAGAAAAGACUGAAAAGCGAACCUCAGCCAGAGAAAAAGAUGUUGAAAAGAUAGAAAGAAAAAAUGGAGAAAAAGAGAAAAAGGUAAAACAUGAACACAAGCUAGAGAAAGAAAAAGCAGAAGUAAAUGAAAAUAUAGAGAAAGUAAAGGAGAAGCCGAAUUUCCAGCAAGUAGAAAGGUGCCAUAAGGAAAACGAUAAAAUAAAAAACAUGGGUACUUCUAAAAAACUUGAUGACAAAGAAAGAAAUAAAGAAAAAACUGAUAAGAAGCAUGACAAAGAAAAGGCUGAUAAAGACAGACAUUGGGCUGAAAGCAAAGAAAAACACUGUACUGAAAGAAAAGUCAAACAGUCUGAAAAAGAAUCUGAAUAUACUAAAACAGAAAAAAAUAGAACUAAAGACAAAGAGCUUGAAAAAAAAGACAAAUCCAAAGACAAGGAGAUCUCAACAGCAGCAAACUCAAAACACAUGCAAGAGGAAAGGAGAUGCAGUAUUACAGAAAGUAAUAAAACAGUGCAUGACAAACUGUCAUCUUUGAAAGAAAAACCAAAAGAUGAUUUAUUGAAAACUGCAGAUGGUAGAGAGAAAGAUAAAAAAGAUAAAGAUAUAGAUAGGUACAAAGAGAGAGACAAGCAUAAAGAUAAACUGCAUCAAAGUAGUUUACUUAAACUAAAACUCGAACAUGAGAAACUUAAGCCUAAACCAGCUCCUGCACCAAAGGAUGCUCGACCUAAAGAAAAAAGGUUAGUCAACGAUGAUUUAAUGCAGACUAGUUUUGAAAGAAUGCUUAGCCUUAAAGAUCUGGAAAUAGAGCAGUGGCAUAGAAAACAUAAAGAAAAAAUAAAACAGAAAGAGAAGGAACGUUUAAGAAACCGCACUUGUUUAGAACUUAACAAGAUGAAAGAAAAACCAAAACACUCAUUAGCUGAAGUAAAAAGCAAAGAACUGAUUCGUUCAAAAAGCUCAGAGUUGCCAGAUGUUUGUAUGAAGGAAAAACAGCAGAAGGAUGCUACAAAUAAUAGAUCGCAAUCAGUAGAUACGAGAAAUGUCAAUGUUACAAAGCCUUCAUUGGUUUUAGAUAAUUUAAAUAGAUCCCCCAAAUCAGAAAGUGAAAAGACAGGUCUGAGCUCCAGAUCGGUGUCCAUGGUUUCAGUUGCAAGCUCUGAGGAUUCUUGCCAUACCACAGUAACUACUCCAAGGCCUGUAAUCGAAUAUGAUUCAGACUUUAUGCUAGAAGGUUCUGAUUCCCAAAUGCCUUUCUCACAAUCACCAUUUUUGGCAAGUGCUAAAUCACCAGCCCUUCUUGAAAAAGAGACCGAUGGUCUUGCUGAGUUGCCAGAUCACAUUAAGCCACCUUUUGCAAACAGGCUUCCACUAAUGUACAUUAGAUCAGCAUCUGUUGAAGAUGUGAAACUGGUUUUAAAUGAGUGUAGACCUGUUACGGAGGUUCGAAGAUGCAGCAUGCCUGCUGCUGUUUCUGAACACAGCAAACAGCCUCAAAUAUCAGAAGAAAAUAAUCAGAAGGCUCUGCCGUCAGUUCAGACUUAUGCUAGCAUUUCUCCUAAACCAGAACUACUGUGUAGCAUGCUUGAAAGGGAUUUUCAAAGUAGUAUGUCUGGUUUGCAGUCAAACUUCACAUCAUGUCCAACUGGAGCUGUUAGCAACAAGCAGGCAACAAUGGGUACAAGUACCAUGAAAAAUAUUUCUCAGCUGAGCCCUUCAGAAGACUAUAAUAUGCAUUUAGAGCCAUGUAGUCAAAGCGGUGUGACUCAGCAAACUAAACCGUGGGACGUGCCUUUUGACAGACUUAAUUCAUUAAACAAUGAGUUUAACAGCUCAGGUUAUGAUGUAUCAGAACAAGAUACUAACAGUGUUAUAGCAAUGCAUAAUUCUGAAAGCAGGACAUUAAGAGAGCAACAAGUAUCUGAAAUUUUCCCUCAGCAUGCUGAAAUUAAGGGAAGUUCCAGUUCUCAAAAAUCUGCAUCAUUUUUGCCUUCACAGUCACCUUGUUCUUUACCUAUCCAGCCACUCCCAGAUGUGUCUAAACAUGUUUCUUUACCAGGCAUUAGCAGUCAAGAUUCAUCAUUGGUACAACAACAAAAUCUAGUUCAAACUACAACUUCUACUUUGGAUACAGAUGCUACUAGUACCAAAGAGCUGGAAAACACUUCCUUCCCUUCAAAUAUUAAGAAGGCUGAUGCACCCAUUGCUGUAUACUCUGAGAGAUCUGUGAAGGAUAUUUCACAGAGCUAUGAAAGGGUGAAUGAUUUACCUACGAUACCAUUAGAAAAAGAUAUUCCUGAAAGCGAUAGCAGUUCACAAUUAAAUGUAAAUUCGUAUGCAUUCAGUAAAGUUGUUUGUAAGAAUGCUGAGAGUGAAGUGGAUAGUAACACAAGAGAUACUUCAGACAUGAGAAAUGAAAAAGGCCAACAAGAAAAGUUGGUUUCAGUGCAUGUUGUUGAUAAUAAAGCCAACGAUCUCUGUGAACUAAAUUCAGGAAUGUCGAAGGGAAUUAUGAACGAAUUGGCUAAUAAAAACCCCUGCACUGCAGACAGAGAAAAUGUGUUGACAGAUGAUCCACCACACUACUCCUCUUUAUGUAAUUUGGAAAAUAGUUCACAACAGAUUACACAGGAAGAGGUGCAUAAAUACAGCCAAAUAGUUAAACUAGAAGAAGAAAUUGCUGAGGAUCAGAAGGUGGAACAGCAAGAAGUACCUCAAAGAAUUACGAGGAACAGAGCAAAUAUGCUUGCUAACCAGGGUAAGCAGAAUCCGCUUGGCUGCACGCAGACAUCAGAAAAAGAGUCUGAAUUGUCAGCAUCUAUGAAAGCAAGGAUUAGAUUAACAGAAGAGGAUGAUGCUCAGGUACAUCAUCCACGUAAAAGAAAGGUGUCACGUGUGCCUCAGCCUGUGCAAGUGAACCCUUCUUUACUGCAAGCUAAGGAGAAAACCCAGCAGUCACUGGCAGCUGUUGUUGAUUCUUUGAAACUUGAAGAGAUUCAGCCAUACAGUUCUGAGAGAGCAAACCCAUAUUUUGAAUACUUGCACAUAAGAAAAAAAAUAGAAGAGAAGCGUAAAUUACUAUGCAGUGUUAUUCCUCAGGCACCUCAAUAUUAUGAUGAAUAUGUGACCUUCAAUGGCUCAUACCUUCUGGAUGGCAAUCCCUUGAGCAAAAUAUGCAUCCCAACUAUUACACCACCUCCCUCACUGUCGGACCCACUUAAGGAACUAUUUAAACAACAGGAGGUUGUAAGGAUGAAACUACGUUUACAGCACAGUAUUGAAAGGGAAAAGCUUAUUGUUUCUAACGAACAAGAAGUUCUACGUGUUCAUUAUCGAGCAGCAAGAACACUAGCUAAUCAAACGCUACCAUUCAGUGCCUGCACUGUUCUGCUGGAUGCCGAGGUUUAUAAUGUGCCUCUGGAUGCUCAGGCUGAUGACAGCAAAACAUCAGUGAGGGAUCGAUUUAAUGCAAGACAGUUUAUGUCGUGGUUACAGGAUGUUGAUGAUAAGUUUGAUAAAUUAAAGACGUGCCUUUUGAUGAGGCAGCAGCAUGAAGCAGCGGCUUUAAAUGCGGUACAGAGACUGGAGUGGCAGCUUAAACUACAAGAACUUGAUCCCGCUACAUACAAAUCUAUCAGCAUUUAUGAAAUCCAGGAGUUUUAUGUUCCUCUUGUUGAUGUUAAUGAUGACUUUGAAUUGACACCAAUAUGACAACCAACAUCUUCUGGCUCACCCUUUCCCUUGGACAACUAGAGAUUGAGGUGCAGUGAUAUAGAAAAGUAUUUUUCUUUUAAGACAGAGCACUUAAUUCUGUGGAAUACUACCUUUCUCAAAAAUUCAGGUAUUCCUUCACAGAAGUGUGGCACAGGCUCUUGUUCAAACACAGAAGAUUGAUGCUGAUUUUAAAGUCAGUGUCCCAGUAACUGCCAUUAUCUGUAUUUCAAAAUUGCCUGUAGCUUUAGAGCUUAUUGCUGAAAAAGAUGAUGAAACAUGGGGAGUUAACAGCGCUGGAAGCUGUUAAUAACUAAAACAGCCACCAAAAAAAAAAAAAAAGAUACUUAAAAUCUGCUAUAAAGCUUUGUAUUAUGAAACUUCAGUAAUAGUUGAACUCCUGCAGAAAAAUGAUGAAAAAGCCUGUGGAAGAAAAUGUAAGACUUGGAGGAAAAUAGUCUAUUAAUCUUAUAUUUUGUAAAUUACUGUACAGUUUUCUUUUUGGAAAAAGAUGUAAUAUCAUCUUCAUUUUUAAAUAAUUUAUUUUAUACAUAUUGUGCAAAUGUAAAUAAUCUUGUAAUUAAUGUUCAAACCUGUAUAAAGUAGAUAUUUUAACUGUAAAAUUGUUUUUGUCUAAUGUUUUAUUGGACCAAAGUUGUAGUUUUUAUUAUGUGUAGUGUGUUCCCGGUUGGCAGUUCUUUUUUGUAUGGCAUGUGUUUGAUUUAGCUGCUUGCUUCAUCACCAUAACUGUAAAAGAAUUGAAACUGAAAUGUAUUGCAUGCUUCACAGAACUCUUAACUUCUUUACUUCAAUAACUGAUACCUAAACAAUUGUAAUAUUUACAAAAUCAUAUUUCAUAUUAGUCUGCUGUUGUAAUGCCAUACCUAUGACUUGCUAUACUGAAAAUAUUUUUGUGGAAAACAAAAAAAACCCUUUUGCUCUUAUAUGGCGGUCUCAUAACAGAGCCUAUUUUUUUCCAACAAAAUGCCUUUGAAUUAAAAUUCUUAAAUUGUAUAUUGUCUAUUUUAAUAGUAAUCUAUGGAAGGAUAUGUAAAUAGUUGUAAAUAUAAUGUUUAAUAAAUUUUAUUGGUCAUGUUA